GGGGCACAGCCCGGGCUGGGUGUGAGCUGCCUGAGUUGAUCUCUGCCUGCCUUUCUUGGAAGGUGUGUUAUUUUGGUAAACACAGGCGAUAAAUUUAACUAGUCAUCGUGACGCAAGCGGAAACUGUGGGGUGGAAAUGCAUGCUACUUCCUUCUUACGGGAAGGGGUAGUUUUAUGUUAGUAGCUCCUAGAAGCAGCCUGCUGCGUGCUCCCAGGCUGGUGGGGAGGCUUUGGCCAGGGCAGGAUGCUGGGGCGGCUGCUGGGGCGCAGCCCCGGGCUGUGGCGGAGGGUCCCUCAGCUGGUCCCGUGCCCUGCCAGAGCCAUGGGUGACAAAGCGAAGGGUGCUCAGGACGAGACUUUGCAGCUGCCUAAUCCAGGUUACAAAGCUUUCAGAAGUGACAGGAGUCCUACAAAUUUUGAUAAAAAGGUGUUAGUAUGGGUAGGACGCUUUAAGAAAGAAGAGGACAUUCCCAAGUACAUAUCGUCUGAGGUCCUUGAUGCAGCAAGGAACAGAGCCAGGAUAAAGGUUUGCUACAUCAUGAUUGCACUGACCUUGCUGGGCUGUUUGGCCAUGGUAAUCACAGGCAAAGAAGCUGCUAAAAAGGAUCACACACUGCUGAGGAUUAACACAGAAAAGAAGGCCAAAUGGAGGGCUGAAGUGGAAAAAGAUCAGGAGGCAGCUGUUGAGAAGCCACAAUGACUGGGAACAGAUUAAUUUUAACAGGAGAUAAAUGAUUUGCACGUGUACAUGUUGCAUAUGUACCUGUCUUCAUUUAACUCUUUGGAGCUUUUUUCACGAAACUCUCUCAGGACAAGGACUUCACUGCUUAAAAACUGCUCCAUAUGAACCAUGAAACUCCUUAUGGAAACUCCAACACCUGCUUUCUGUGGCCUUUCGUCUUUGGCACUGGGUUCUGCUGAAAUACAGAAACCUCUUCUAAACUGCAAAGUGUGGGAAGGAUGAAUGCAGGACUCCCCAGCUCAGGAUCAGCUUUUUGUGGUGCUCAGUGUGGCCAUGGGGCUGUCUCCUGGCAGCCAGGAAGGAUGCAGCCCUACAUCAGAGAGCACGCCAUUCUGUGCAGUGCUUCUAGGGCAAACAACCUUGGCCAAAGUGACCCAGGGCAGGGAGAAAAGGAGUCUGAAAUGUGUUUUGCAGCCAUAAAGAGGUUGAUUAUCUCUGCCUCUAAGCCUGCUGCCAUCACUGUCCCCUCUUCCUCCCCAGCCCCUCCUGGGAUCCCAUGGCCAGGGGAGAGGGGGGACAUGAGUGUGAAGAGGGGUUGGGAAGAUGGAGGAGUGUGAGCUGACUCUGAUGACUGAUAUGGGCCAAAAGGAGCUUUGGGCCAGAGGAGACAGUAGUGAUGUGGAGUAAUAGCAUGGUCAUGUGGAAUGGUUUGGUUGCUGUGGGGCAGCCUGGUGAUCCUGUGCCUGGUGCACGGAGCCUGGCCUGAAGGCACCUUUUGUCCCGAGGCAGCUCACUGGUUUUGCUUUUUCAUCUUCUGCUUCCACUCAUCGUCAUGAAAGUUCUCUAACACUUGCUUAGUUGUGGUUUUAGUCAGAAGUAAUUGUUAAUAUAUGGUUUGCUAAAACUAGAUUCUUUUUAAUUAUCAUAGUUCAUUAAUCCAUAAUAAAACAGCUGUCCAAUUACAUCUAAAACAAAUGCAUCUCUUCACAGCUUCAUUUAAAGUGUCACUGAACUCUCUGGGAUGAUGUUUAACAGAUGGGAGAGAUCCUAAUGAAAUACUGGAAGUUGCAUUUUCAUGAAGUGAUUAAACUCCAAGACAGGCCCCAGUUCACACUUGGGGCUGCUGAUGGUCAGUGUAUCAUUCAUCACCCCCCGAGACACCCAUCAGGUGGGUUGGUGGAGCUGGGUGCACUGCAGGAGGUGCCAAGGGAC